AUGGCCAACCCCGAGCGCCGCGGCGCCCUGCCCCAGCCCGGCCGGUACGGCAGGGCGGUGAGGGCCUCCCGGGAGCAGAGCCCCGCCGCCCCCGGCUCAGACGGCCUCCCCCGGCGGGGUCUGGGCCCGGAGGAGCGGGGCCGUCCCGCCCUGAACCGGUGGAGGGGAGACGCGGGCAGGGCGAGGCAGGGGCAGCCCCCUUCUCCCCCAGCCCCCGAGGACAGCCCCGGCACCAUCGCCGUCGUGGGGCAGAGCUGCCCCCUCUACCCCCGGCUGCUGGGUCGCGAUUGCAGUGGAAGGACACUGCAAAGUGCCGAUGCUGUUGAGACCACAGCCCCGUGGAGCAGGGACGCAGAGGGGAGGUCCCCAGUGAGCCAUCAGCUGGGCCACCGGAAUGAUGGUCCCGCGUGCACACCGGUACAACGAGCCCUGCUGGCGCUCACCAUCCCGCUGGAGACGCUGCAGGCGGUGAAGGGCCGCAUGCUGCAGGCCAUGUGCAAGGGUCUGAGCCGCCAGACACACGCACAGGCCAAGGUGCGGAUGCUGCCCACCUACAUCUGCUCCACACCUGAUGGCACCGAGAAGGGCGACUUGCUCGUGGUGGAGCUGUGCCAGAGCCACGUCCGGACCCUGUGCGUGACCCUCCUGGGUGACGGGAACCAGAAUCCCCAAGUGACACACAAGAUCUUCGACAUGCCAAGGGACAUCAUACAGGGCAAGGGGGAAGCGCUCUUUGACUUCAUUGCGCAAUGCGUGCGGCAAUUCCUGGCUGGCAUUGGCAGCCCCCAGCAUCGCCUCCCCUUGGGCUUCGUCUUCCCCUUCAGCUGCAGGCAGACGCAGCUGGACAAGGCUGAACUCAUCUCCUGGUCCAAGGGCUUCAGCUGCAGUGGCGUGGAGGGGAAGGAUGUUGUGCAGUUGCUGCAGUCGGCCAUCAACAAGCAGGAGCUCCACCACGUGGAUGUCGUUGCCGUGAUGAACGACACUGUGGGCACCAUGAUGACCUGCAGCAGGGAGGGAGAACCCUGUGAGGUCGCCUUGGUCAUGGACACAGGCACCAACAGCUGCUUCAUGGCCGAGGCACAGGAGGUGGAGACGGUGGAGAAGACCAGUGGGCAGAUGUGUGUCAACACCGAGUGGGGCUGCUUCGGGGACGAUGGCGCCCUGAGCGAUGUCCUGACCCCCUACGACCAGCGCGUGGACCAGGAAUCC